AUGAGCUCUGAGAAUGAGAAAUUUGUUUUUAUGUUACCAUCUCUUUUAACAGAAGGAUUAAUGGAGGAUGACUCAGAAAAUUACUCAUUCGUAACAUUCGCUCGUCCCCAGAUCUCAGAAGCAACAAAAAUUAUUAUUGAUACAAUUGGCAAAGAUUCCUCCAAUGUAUCGACUACAUCUAAAAAGCGAGUUAAAGUGUUAAUGGAAUUUUUCGCUGUUGCGUUAUCUCUUAACAUAGAAUAUUGCAAAUUUAUGGAAAUAGCUGUUAAUUAUUACGAGCAAUGGCUUGAAGAUUCCUCAUUAUAUGGAGAUAUCAAGCGUCAAAACAAAUAUAUGCGCCGUAUUAUCAAGCAGCUUUCCCAACCAUUCGCAAUGCGCGAACCACGAAAUUCCACUACAUUCCAGCAGCAGUUUUUACCACUUUUGAUGAGAAUCCUUACCAUUUAUGAUACAUUCAUUGUCAACCGUGGUAAAGAGUUCGAAUUAGAUACCUGGAUCGUUUUAUUAAAUACAGUUAUCGGUAUCACGGAUUACGUCAUUAAAUUCUCACUCGCUCCUCUUUGCCCAGAAGAUAAGAUCUCAGAAUUCCGUCAGAAGGCCGUCAACCUUGUUUUUAACACCAUUUUAUUCUCCGGAUUUGAAGAUGCUACACAUUGGGAACGUGUUGUUAAAUACUGCCACAGAUGGAGUAACAACAACGAUUUCAUCACAGUUUGGGGAGUUCGUACGAACGAACUCUGGAAAUACUUCAACCUCAUCACAUUUAAGCUCCCAGUUGAAGAUAUUCCAAUCAAACAAGGUGUCUUUUCCGAAACGAAGAAGAUUUCGGACAAGGUCGCUUCAGAUUUCUUCCAUCAUGUCGUUACAUGUCUCGAUUAUUCUCAAAUUACAGAUAAGCCAGAGCUCUUGCUUACAGUUGCCAAGGCUAUCUCCGAGGCCAAGGACACAGCCAUCAAAGUUGCUGAGCAGACCUCUAAAACAAUCGAGAUCCACCGCUAUCCAGCUUAUUCUUUCCUCAAGCUCUUCGGCAAAUUCCUUACAUGCGCUCCAGUCUUAUCAGAGGCUUAUGAUCAAGCCAUUUCAAUCAACGUUAUCACAAUUCUCCAUAUUAUCUCAAAGUUCGAAUUCCACGAAGCAGAUUCCCUUAUUCCACGCUUCAUUGCCUACAUAACACAGCACGCUAACGAAAACCACGCUUCCGUAAUACUUUCCUUCCUUUCCCAGGCCACAAUCGCAUAUACUAACUGUGGCUCUGUUAUUCCAUACGUUUCCUCCAUCGCAUUGCAUCUCCUUGCCAUUGUCCAGAUCGCUAAGCAGACAGACAGCCAACUCACAGAAAAUAUUGUUUCACUUUUCAUCUCUGCUGCUAACUCUACUGGCAAGGGAAUGGGCGCAAUCGAGAGCGCAUACGAUCACCUACGUACUGUCUGCCCAAGUAUCACAGAUCGCUACAGAUUACUCACUUCAUGCUCUACUACCGGAAUUGACAUCAUCGUGGCACUCAAGGAGUACUGCAAGAAGGAGAAGUUCAACCAGUACGUAACACCAAACAACUAUACAUUCAUCUGCUCAUUAAUUGCCUUAAUUGCUUCAAUCAUCAGAAACGAUCCAACAGUUAUCGAUAUCGUCAUUCGUAACGGCCUCAUCCAAACAAUCCUCCAGAACGUUGGAUCAAUCGAUUCUAACAAGCCAAACUUCGACCGAAUCGUAUUACAGACACUUUUGAUGGUUUACGAGGUCAUCGAAUGGGCUCCAAGUGCUUUCCACCUCCAGGAGAACUCCAACGCCCUCUUCGAAUUCAUUUCCAUCAUCAACUCUACAAUACUCGGAGGAAGAUCUCAACGUUCCAAUACUUCCCUCAUCUCCAUCUCUCCAGACAAGGGCGCUCUCGGAAGUGCCAAGUCAAGCAAAUCCGACAAACACCGUCAAAACCACAUUUCGUAUCUUGUCUCCUCAAUUCAAGCGAGACUCGCACUCCAUUCCUCACCAAUCGAGCAUAUUACACGCAAGUUCUGCAGCAGCCACAUGUUCUGCGAGCAGACAAUCAUCGAUCACCUCAAGAUCAAAGAUCCGAUAAUACAUUACGUUACAGUUGGCUCGAACACCCUUAUCUCGUUCAUCGAGACCAAGGAGUGCAAGGACCCACUCGCCUUCUUCGCACGCGGACCAUUCGGAAAGGCCGCAUACAUGAUAGAAGACGAUUACUCGAACGGAAAGGCUCCAGAGCUCUCCGACGAGAUCCAGCCAACCAAGUUACCGAAGGCCGAAGCGAUCAAACCAGUCCCACUCGAGCUUUACGGCGAGGAACCGAAGAAUGUUCCAUAUCUCAGCCAGGCAGAGCUUACAUCUGUCGACGACAACCUCAGGAAGGUCUACGGCGAGGAGUUCUCCCGGUGGACUGACUGGGACAAGCACGCCUACUACGUUCCGUUCAAUUACAAGGCUCCAUACCAGAGAUUGCGAAUUGUCGACUUCCUUACAACAUUCGGCAUCUUGGAUAUCGAGAACAAGAACGUCGUAAGGCCACAGGUAGACGUUGCUGCAGUCGAUGCUGUUAAGAAGAAGUUCGAUCAAGCGGAUAACGCUCCAAUUGUUCCAAUUCCAAUCAUCCACUUCAUGGCCGGCGAUCUCGACUUGGAGUACAAGCAGGAGAAGACAAGAAUGACUCCAUUGUUGCUCAGCUUCCUCAAGGAAAUCGGCGAACCAAUUGAAUUAUCCGCUGAAGCAAGCGAAUUCUACAAAUUACCAGCAGUCAACACAACAGUACCAACUGUUCCAUUCUUAACUGCUUUCGCUACAUUCUUUACACCAGGAAUGGGUGCAACACCUCACGACUCCGAAAAAAUCCACAAUUUGCAGAAAGAUGCUCCAAUUAAGAUAAUCUUCAACGAAUCUGGCUUCGAGUUGAAUAUACCAAAGGACGAUAAGGCUUCAUCGUUCUUGAUCGUUGUCAAACCGCUUUUCAGCGGUCUUUACCAAGUUGACAUUGUCAACUCUCCACCGGAUAUCCUCUCUCCAUUCACCUACACACAGGUUCUUAACGCUAAGAGCCUCUCAAUCAACUUAACUCUCGCCUUAGAAUUACUUAUCCACGACAUCCAGAAGCAGAUCUGCCCAUCUACACCAGACGCAAGAGGAAAGAUCAUCAGAGAGUUAUGCCCCAAGGACAAGAAGUAUCCAGAAUUGGCUGCUCUCGCUCCUGGAAUGUUCGAUUAA